AUGGCCGCGACUACGUCCUCAUUCCUGAGUAUAGAUCUGGGUGCCCGCAUUGCUGAAUUGCUCCUUAUCCCACCCAGCGCCACCCCUGGCGCCACCGGCCCCCCGCCACCGGGGGUGUUCUGGGCUCAGGUUAUACAGGAGUGUAAGCCACUUCUGACUCUCACCAUCUCAGGCAGAUCUUUUACCGGCCUUAUAGAUACUGGAGCUGAUACUACCAUCAUUACUACCAGGGACUGGCCGCCAGAAUGGCCAAUCUCCCCCUCUUUAACACACCUGCAGGGAAUUGGCCAUUCAAAAAACCCGAUGUUGAGCUCAGCUGAGCUCAAGUGGCAGACCCCCGAAGGAAAGGAAGGCCACGUCCGCCCCUAUGUCCUCCCCGACCUGCCUGUUAAUCUCUGGGGGAGGGACGUCCUGUCCCAAAUGGACCUGAUCCUAGUAGAUACCAAAGGCCUAGAUCUUUUACUUCAACAGGGCUAUCUUCCUGGCCAAGGUCUGGGAAGGCACUCCCAGGGUCUCACUGAGCCCGUGAUGCCUCCCCCCUCUGUGGGACGACUAGGACUGGGAAAUUUACCAUAA